AUGUCUGAUCCCGCUAGCUACAAGAAGUUGAAGGAGGACUUCGUCUCCAACCUCUCGGGGGGCUCCGUCGCGGAAAUCAACUAUGUGACAUCCGUCGCGGCCGUCGCAUGCAUUCUUUGGUCUGUCCUUCAGGCCCGCCAGUCCUUCUUUCAGCGGUACACCAUCCUCGCCUUUGCCGUCGAUUUCCUCCUCAAUGUCGGCGCCAUCCUCCUCUCCACGACACUCUACGCGAACUCUCCGCUCCUCCUCAUUCUACUCCUGAUCGCGCCAGCCGUCUUAAUUUUCACCCUCCCACCAAACUCGAUUGGACGAAAGAAGAAGCCCAAGGUUCCCCGGACCGCCCGGGCCAGAUCCGGCUCGAGGAACCAGGAUGGUCUUUCCACCAAGCCAUUCCUCACAACGUACCGCGGUAGCAUGAUGAUUGUGACAUGUAUCGCAAUUCUGGCUGUCGACUUUCGCCUCUUCCCUAGGCGCUUUGCCAAGGUGGAGACAUGGGGCACCUCCCUGAUGGACCUGGGUGUCGGGUCCUUUGUUUUCUCUGGUGGCGUCGUUGCAGCUCGCCCUGUUUUGAAGGAGAGGAUGAUAGGUCGCACGACAGGCCGGGCAACGCCGCUCCUUUAUCGAAUUUUAUACUCGAUGCGUCACUCCAUCCCCCUCUUGGUGUUGGGCGUGAUCAGGUUCCUUAGUGUGAAGGGCCUGGACUACGCAGAGCAUGUGACAGAGUACGGAGUUCAUUGGAAUUUCUUCUUCACGCUAGGCUUCUUGCCCCCUUUUGUGGCACUUUUCCAGUCAGCUCUGCGAGUGAUUCCCUCUUUUGCGGCGUUGUCUCUCCUGGUUGGUGUCACCUACCAGGUCCUCCUUGAGACGACCAGUCUCAAAGCGUUCAUCCUCACUGCGCCAAGAACAGACCUCAUUUCCAUGAACCGAGAGGGCAUCUUUAGCUUCUUCGGAUAUCUGGCCAUCUUCCUCGCUGGUCAAGACACGGGUAUGUUCUGUAUCCCCCGCAACAUCCCUCCUAGGAGCAAGGCCAGUCCCGGUGCUCAGCGGAACACCCUUUUGAUGACCAUGGCUGUGUGGGGAGGCAUCUGGACCGGUCUAUACCUACUGUCCACGAACUACACCUAUGGCUUCGGGCUGUUAGUUUCUCGUCGGAUGGCGAACUUGCCAUACGUGCUCUGGGUUGUUGCCUUCAACACUCUGCAGCUUUUCGGGUUCUGUGUAGUCGACACCGUCUUCUUCCCGGCAUUUUACAAUGCCGCGGACCCCCAAACGGAGAAGGAGGCAUAUGAGAAGGCAACAAGCCGGGUGAUGCGAGCCUACAACCGCAAUGGCCUGGCCGUCUUUUUGCUGGCUAAUCUUUUGACUGGCCUGGUCAACCUGACGGUUCGGACGCUGGAUGUGACACCAGUGACGACCAUCGGGAUACUGGUCGGGUACAUGGCAACUGUUACUGGCUUUGCCGUGGGACUAGAUCACUACAACAUCUCCAUCAAACUUUAG